AUGCGCUUCUUCCACCACUUUCUCACCCAGUGCUACCCGCACCACCCGCUGAAGCAGGAGGAGAUCUGGACGCACGAGAUUCCCUGCAUCGCCCACAACCACGAGUUCCUCAUGCACGCCAUCCUAGGCUUCGCCGCCUCGGAGCUCGGCCGCACGCGGGCCGAAGGAAGCGUCGUGGCGGCGGCCAUGAACCACCGCGUCAAGGCCAUCAGGGCCCUCAAGAAACGACUGGCCGAGGCCUCGAGCGCCCGGCUGACGCACGAGGAAGCCAACGCGCUCGUGGCCACCUGCUUCGUCCUGACCUUUCAGUCGGUGAGCCUCGACGACGGCCUCGCAGAGUACAUGACCUUUAUCCGCGGCAUCCUCAUCGUCGGCAUGCAGAUGGCCUUUCGGGGGAUCAAGCCCGUCUUCGAGACGCUGCUGGACGACAAGCAGAACGAGCUGCUGGCGCCGCUGAUGGAAGGCAUGCCCCUGAUCGAGCGGGGCUGGGUCGACGGCGCCGUCGAAGCCAUAGCGAAACUGCGACCGCUCUGCGUCGACGAGAUCGAGGUGGAGUACCACGGCCAGCUGCUGGCCAUUGCCGAGACGUUGUACACGAGCUCCUUUGACGGCAACAUACAAGGCCAACUCGAGGGAGCCAUCAUCCUGCUGCACACGCACUGGAUCGCCCUCGCCCAGAUCAUGGCCUUCAUCACCGAGAGGGAACGCGACGUGAGGGAGAAGCACCCGUCGCCCGAGGACGACAGGAUGGACCCUGGCUUCGUCCGCUGGCUCAAGUACCUCAACGCGCGUGUCGAUGGCGAGCAUCAGAUGUACAACCGGUGGCCCAUCUGGGUCGAUGGCCAGCUGGAUCAAGACCUGACCUUUUUCGGCAGGCGGAGCUAG